CAAAUGUUUAUUGUUUAUUAUGAAUUUUAAGGUUAAUAGUGUUAAACUUACAUAGAUAACAUUAUUAUUUCUAUUAAAAACAUAUAAAAAUGUAAAUAUUAUUUAUGGAUUAUGCGAAAUUAUUUCUCAAUGUUGUCAUAGAUAGUAUUUUAAUGUUAGCCAUCGUCACAAUUUUAUCAAUUGUUGUCGUUAAAAAACUACUUAAAUAGGAUUAGGUGAUAAAGUAUCAUAUAAACUUCUCGUAAUAUUUAGCAUUAUACAUAUUGAUUAAUAGUAAUUAUACUUAAUCGAUAGUUACUGGACGCAUGAAAAUGAAUAUUUUGAAAAUUGUGUAUGCUUUGGGAUUCGUCUGUUUGGUUUGUGCGCUCCCUAACAAAGAACAAAAGAAACACAGACGAGGACCUGAUGACUGUGAACCAGUGGUUGUUGCUCAUCGUGGGGCAAGUGGAUAUGUUCCCGAACAUACCUUAGGAGCAUACGCCCUCUCAGUAACCAUGGGUGCAGAUUAUGUAGAACCCGACCUAGUUAUGACAAAAGAUGGACACCUUAUUGCUCGUCAUGAAAACCAAUUGGACAUUACCACCGAUGUCGCUCAGCGUCCUGAGUUUGCAGACCGGUACCGAACAAUUUCAAUUCUGCAAAGAGAAGUAUCUGGAUGGUUUUCAGAAGAUUUUACUCUUGCUGAAAUAAAAACUUUAAGAGCAGUUGAAAGUUUUCCGCUUAUUCGACCAGGCAAUACACGUAUGGAUGGAGCUUUUGAAAUACCAACAUUUCAAGAAAUCAUUGAUUUGGUCAAAGGACUAGAAGUAAGUGAGAAUCGCACUAUCGGAAUAUAUCCAGAAAUUAAAACAGGCAGUUACUUCAAAUUCAUUGGAUUGCCUAUGGAACAAGCAGUUGUAGAUGCGUUUCACAGGAACGGUUAUAUGGGACCUAGUGCUCCAGCUUAUAUACAAUCCUUUGAAAUAAAUAAUUUAAAAGAAUUAAAAACAAUGACAGACCUUCGGUUAUUACAAUUGAUUGGUCGCAGCCAAAAUCAGCCGCUUGACCAAACGAUAAUAGGGUCCAACAUAACGUACGGCGAUAUGACAACAGCAGCAGGGCUUAAAGAGAUAUCAAAAUAUGCACAAGCCGUGGGUCCGGAUAAAAGUCAUAUUAUUCCACGUGACUCUGAAAAUAGGCUUGGAACACCAACAACUUUUGUUGCAGACGCCCAUGCAGUUGGUCUUAAAGUACAUCCAUAUACUUUUCGAGCAGAAAAUGCGUAUUUACCAAAAGAAUUCAGAAGUGAAGACCCUUCUGACACUGCUUUUGGUAACUUCAAUGGAGAACUAGAAGCAUUUUUAGCGACAGGAAUCGAUGGUUUAUUUAUAGAUCAACCUGACUUUUUAGAGCGCUUGAGAAAACCAUGUGUGUAAUUUAUUUAUGUAAUUUAAUUUUAUAUAAGCAUUAAGCAUAU